UUCACUUCCGGUUGUAGGUUUCGGUCUGGUUUCCGACCCACAGAGGGCAGCAGCGACGCUUUCAGUCUUAUCACGACUGACCCGCGCAACUCGCGUGAGACGAGCAAAUACAUUAAGACGACCGACAUCUGAGACACGAUGAGUGUUGACGUGAAGAAACUGAAAGUCAACGAACUUAAAGAGGAGCUCCAGCGCCGCGGCCUGGACACCAAAGGCCUGAAGGCAGAGCUGGUGGAGAGGCUGAAAGCCGCUCAGGAGGCGGACGCUCAGGGGGAUCCCUCAGACCAAGGAAAGCAGGAUGAAUACUGCAAGGACUUCAAAGAAAACGAAGAGGGGGGAGAUGGAGAGGAUGAGCAACAGGAUGCAGAAGUAGCUGAGGACGAUGGUGAAGGCGAUAUCGAUGAAGGCGAUAUCGAUGAAGGUGAGGGCGAUAUCGAUGAAGGUGAGGGCGAUAUCGAUGAAGGUGAGGGCGAUAUCGAUGAAGGUGAGGGCGAUAUCGAUGAAGGCGAUAAUGCUGAAGGUGAAGGCGAUAAUGCUGAAGGUGAAGGCGUUAAUGCUGGAGCUGGAGCCGAUGGUGUUGGUGAAAAUGACGCCCCUCAAGAGGAAGACGAGGGUCGAGAUUCGGGUGGUUACUAUGAGGACGAGGAGGCGGAAGGUGAGCCUUUUGAGAGUCGUCCAACUUCAGACUCGGGUCACAGCAUGCCUGAAUUCCCAGCAGAUGUUGACACACAGAAAUCCAACGUGCCAGAGGAGCAGGCCAGGCCUGUGCCAGAGCCGGUGGACAAAGAGGAGAACAAACCAGAAAUCAAAGUGGAGGUCAAAAUGGAAGAGGAGCCUGCAGCCGAUGAAGAUACCCAGCAGGGUAAUCAGGGGACAGAACAUCUGGACGGCCAGGACAGCGAACAUCAGGCCGAGCAAAUCAAAGUGGAAGCUGAUAGAAGUGGACACUCCGGCCGCAAGAGACCGUAUGAGGAGAGCAGGGGCUACGGCUACUAUGAGCACCGCGAGGAGAAGAGAUCCCGCACACCACAGCCCCCGGCUGAAGACGAGGAGGAGAACAUAGAUGACACCCUUGUUACCAUCGAUACGUACAACUGUGAUCUGCAUUUCAAAGUGUCCCGAGAUCGCUACAGCGGUUAUCCUCUGACCAUCGAAGGCUUUGCCUACCUGUGGGCUGGAGCCCGAGCCACACACGGGGUCACGCAGGGCCGCGUGUUUUAUGAGAUGAAGAUCAAUGAGGAGAUUCCUGUAAAGCACCUUCCCAGCAGUGAGCCGGACCCCCAUGUAGUCAGAAUUGGAUGGUCUCUCAACCACUGCAGCACUCAGCUUGGUGAGGAGCCCUUUUCCUUUGGAUAUGGAGGAACGGGAAAGAAAUCCGCAGACUGCAAGUUUGCAGACUUUGGGGAGAAGUUUGGUGAAAACGACGUCAUCGGCUGUUACAUUGACUUUGACAGUGGCGAUGAGGUGGAGAUGGGCUAUUCCAAGAAUGGAGUAUCACUGGGCGUGGCUUUCCAGACAACCAAGGAAGCGCUGGCGGGCCGCGCCCUGUUCCCCCACGUCCUGGUGAAGAAUUGUGCCGUUGAGUUCAACUUCGGCCAGAGGCUGCAGCCGUACUUCACCCCACCAGAGGGAUACACCUACAUCCACAAUCUUGGCAUGGAGGACAAGAUCAGAGGCACCAAGGGACCCGCCAUCAAAUCUGAAUGCGAGAUCUUGAUGAUGGUCGGCCUGCCUGCCUGUGGAAAGACUACCUGGGCCAUAAAGUAUGCGGAGAGCAACCCUGAGAAGAAGUACAACAUCCUGGGCACAAACGCCAUCAUGGACAAGAUGAAGGUCAUGGGUCUCCGUCGCCAGAAGAACUACUCGGGCCGCUGGGACGUCCUGAUCCAGCAGGCCACCCAGUGUCUGAACCGGCUGAUCGAGAUCGCUGCCCGCAAGAGACGCAACUACAUCCUAGACCAGACAAAUGUAUAUGGAUCAGCAAGGAGACGAAAAAUGCGUCCUUUUGAAGGUUUUCAACGCAAGGCUAUUGUAAUUUGUCCCACGGACGAGGAUUUAAAAGAACGAACAUUAAAGCAAACCAAUGAGCAGGGGAAGGAUGUGCCCGAUCAUGCUGUUUUAGAAAUGAAAGCCAACUUUACUCUCCCUGAGGCUUGCGACUUCCUGGAGGCGGUGACGUUCGCCGAGCUGCAGCUCGACGAGGCCGAAAGUCUGCUGAAGCAGUACAAUGAGGAGGGCCGCAAGGCCGGCCCGCCCCCUGAGAAACGCUUCGACAACAGGCAGGGCGGGUUCCGUGGCCGCGGCGGCAGUGGUGGUGGUGGCGGCGGAGGCGGUGGUAGCUUCCAGCGGUACGACAACCGCGAUGGAGCACGCGGUGGCUACCAGAACCGCAGUGCCGACGGAGGCAGCGGAUACAGAGGAGCAGGCUACAAUCGUGGCAGCUAUAACCAGAACCGCUGGGGCGGCAGCAGCAGCAGCUACCGCGAAGGAGGCUCUGAUGCACGCGGGAGUUAUAACCGCAGCCAGCCGUCAGGAGGAAGCUACAACCGCCCGGCCUCCUACAACAAGGGAGCCUACAGCCAGAGCUACAGUCAAGGGUACAACCCGAGCAGCUACAACCAGAGUUACUACGGCAGCUACAGUCAGUACCCGGGAUACAACCAGAGCUACAGCCAGACACCUACCACUGCACAGACGUACAACCACCACCAGCAACAGCCGCAGCAGGCGCAGCAGCAGGCACCACAGCAGCAGCCUCAGCCUCAACAGCAGCAGCAGCAACAGAGCUACAACCAGCAAUAUCAGCAGUACGCUCAGCAGUGGCAGCAGUACUACCAGAACCAGAACCAGUGGAACCAGUAUUACAGCCAGUACGGCGGCUACCCUGGACAGGGCAGCCAAGGCUCAUCUGGUUCUCAGUAGCUCCGGUCUGCAUCUGUACCUGCGUCCACCUGUGUCCUAAACUGACCUCUGCAGCGAAUCCAAUUUUUGUACAGUCUCACAUUAAAUCUCCAACCAUAACUGUCUCUGUCUGGGUUAACACAGCAGCCUUCAUUCCUCACCAAUCAAUGUACGCACAAACUGUCACCAGUUUGUAGUUUCUUUUCUUUUUUUACUGAAUGAAGUCUUACUCUACGCAGUGACCGUGAGGUGGUAGAUGAUAGGUAUCAGAACAUCUAAUGAAUGUUAUCUAUUAUGCAUUUAAUGUGGGCUCCACAUUUCCUACAGAUUAAAGAGGUUAUUGUAUAUUUCUCGGAUGCGAUAGUGUGAAAACGUGACGGGGCAGAAAAAAUUCAGCAAGGCCUAAAUAAAUUUGCUUGUUUUGAGAAGCUUAACAAAGAACAAAAUGCAUGCUUUUUACCUUCCCCACCCUCUCCUAUGUCUUUGCUCUUUAUUUUUCAGUUUCCAAGUGAGCAUGUUUUAUUUACUCCCAAUAGACUUCAAACAUUAUGGAAGAUUUUUUUUUUAUAGGUGUUGAUACUGUAGUAUUUAAGCGUUUAAUUCGUCUUUGAAUAUUUUGCCACUGAGUAGAUGUAUGUGCAGUUUUUUUUUUUUUUAAUCCCUUUGUGAUUGCUGUUCAUUGAGUCAUGUAGUUAAAUCCAGUUGUCGAACUCGUUUUUUUUUUCUACCUGAAAAUGAAAAUCAGAUAAUGACCCGUUACCCGAGCUGUCUUUCUUGUCUUUAUACAAUAAAUGCAAUUGUAUACGCCUGGA